AUGGAUAAUAUCAAUACACCUUUGCUCCUGAAUCAAUCUAAAUCGAAGCCAAUUAAUAAUAACAGGAUUAAUACUAUGAACAAUGCGAUUCCCGCCAAAUCUAUUCUAGGAACAUCGUAUCAAGGCUAUCUUGAUUAUUCGGUAAAUCCCGUUCAAAACGAUUCUUCAAUUCGGAGAAACAUACUGGAAUAUUCAUUGGGAGACACCUAUGUCGUGAUAGCGUGUUUGACCAGAGAAGAAAAAAGGAGAAAACGCAGAGCCACCCUGAAAUACAAGAUGGCGCACGCAAAGCGUGAGCGUUUGAGAGUUGAAUCCUUCAAUUCGGCUUUCGUUAGGCUCAAAAAAUUGUUACCCAUCCUUCCCCCCGAUAAAAAAUUAUCAAAGAUAGAGAUCCUGAGGCUCGCGAUUACGUACAUUUAUUAUUUGAGGGAUAUUUUGAAGUGUUGA